AUGGCAAAGUCUACCCCUAUUCUGAUUGGCGCUGGUGCCUUUGGCCUUUCCACGGCGUUGCACCUCUCAAGAGCCGGCUAUACGCACAUUACUGUGGUGGGCAAGGACGAUGCGGUGCCUGCUCGGUAUUCUGCCGCAAACGGCCUCCACAAGAUAGUAAGAGCCGAAUAUGAAGAUGCAUUCUACAGAGAGUUGGCACUGGUGUGGCAAUUUCACGACGGACCGCUCACCGGCCAGAGAAGCUAUCUGAAUCGAUAUGCCGGCUAUGCGCAGUCUGGACAUGCUCUGGCCGCGGUACACGGCCAUCUUUGCAAGACGGGCGUCAGGUUUCGUCUAGGUUCCGGCAAAGUAGUUGAAAUUAGCUACGAGACGCCUUCAGAGUCAGCCAGUGGUGCUGGGAGAAUCGCGCGCGGCGUCAAGACAGUCGACGGCAGCUUCUGCCCAACCAAGCUCGUCAUCGUCGCCAUGGGCGCGUGGGCGUCUCGGCUCAUUCCUGAAAUUGGCUCCCAGGCUGUGGCGAAAUGCUGGUCUGUUGCACACGUUCAACUCACAGACGAGGCGGAGGAAGCAUCCGCUCUGAAGGGCAUACCAGUCACAUACGCGCGCGACCUGGGCUUCUUUUUCGAGCCCGACCCCAGAACCAAUCUGCUCAAGCUGCGUCUCGCUGCCCUUGAGGGAUUUGUCCAGGAGUCUAUACCCGGCGACGACGAGCGAAAGCUGCGGCGGCUACUGGCCCAUACUUUGCCUGCGCUUGCAGAGCGACCACUGGUCAAGAGGUGUCUCUGCUGGUUAGCCGACACAAGUGACUCGGACUACAUUAUCGACUACGUUCCCGGGACGCUGUCCUCGGUCAUUGUCAUGUCGGGCGAUUCGGGCCACGGCUUCAAGAUGUUCCCCAUUGCGGGAUCGUGGGUGACGGAUGUCCUAAAGGCGACUGAUGGCAAGCAGCAUGAGGCCCAUUGGCGCUGA